UCCCUGACACAGAUGAAAAUUAAAUCACAGAAAAGUGAAGAUCCUUUCAGAAGCUGGUGGUAACCUCACUGAGGAGAUACUGCAAAGUUAGUGUAACAGCAGGAACAUGAAGCCAUCACUCUUGGUGUUUAUUGUGUAUCUGCUAUGGUUGAAAGACUGUCACUGUGCACCUACUUGGAAGGACAACACCGAUAUCCAUGGAAACCUGAAGGGUUUUUCUGAGGUUGGAGACAUAGAUGUAGACGAAGAGGUGAAGAAAGCUUUGAUUGGUAUGAAGCAGAUGAAAAUCAUGAUGGAAAGAAGAGAGGAGGAACAUACCAAUCUGAUGAAAACCCUGAAGAAAUGCAGAGAAGAAAAGCAGGAAGCCCUGAAACUCAUGAAUGAAGUUCAGGAACAUCUGGUAGAAGAAGAAAGCCUAUGUCAGGAGUCUCUGACAGAUUCCUGGGAUGAAUGCAAGUCUUGCCUGGAGAGUAACUGCAUGAGAUUUUACACAACCUGCCAAUCUAGUCAGUCCUCUAUGAAAAAUACGGUCGAACAGUUUUUCAGGAAGAUAUAUCAAUACCUGUUUCCUUUCCAUGAGGAUAAUGAAAAAGAUCUCCCUGUGGGUGAAAAGUUCAUUGAGGAGGAUGCACAAGUGGCUCAAAUAGAGAAUGUGUUCAGCCAGCUGACUGUGGAUGUGAGAUUUCUCUUUAACAGAAGCCUUAACGUCUUCAAACAGAUGCAGCAAGAAUUUGACCAGACUUUUCAAUCAUAUUUCAUGUCCGAUACAGACUUAAUGCAGCCUAACUUUCUUCCAGCUUUAUCCAAAGAGCCAAGGGAAAAAGCGGAUCCUGUGCAAGGUUGGGACAUUCCCAGCUUCUUCCAGCUCUUUUGUAAUUUCAGUCUCUCUAUUUAUCACAGUAUCAGCACAACCAUCACCAAGACACUGAAUGCAAUAGAGGAUUUACCAAAACAAGGCAAAGGCAAGUAUUAA